AUGGACCAUAACAAAAGUAAUAGUAAUGUUCAAAAAAAUAUGGGUGUUCAUAAAAAUAAGCAAUUAAAACUUAUAUCAGUGGAAUUUAAAGAGGCUUCUGUGGAUUCACCAGCAUUUAGGGCACAUGUGAAUUUCUUUCAUACAAGAAUGGAGAUAUUCGAGGACAGGUUACAAACAACUAUGGCCUUUUAUGAUCAGAAGUUUAAGACUGCAUUUGAUGAUUUUCAACGUGUAGGAGAGACUAUUGUUUCUUUAGCUUUUCCAUCUCCAGUGAUGUUAGCUAAUGGGUUAGUAAGUAAUCAAACAUUUACACCGUCUGUAAUAUCUGAAUCCAGUUUAGAAUAUAAGAAAUUCUUUGAAUUUCUUAUUAAAGUUGUAAUUGGAACAAGUAAUUCACGGUCACAGAUAAUUAUAAAUUUGCUUUCAAAUGUUAUUGAACCUUAUAAGAGUAAAAGAAAAACUUUUGAAUAUUUUCAAACAAAAUAUGAUAAUAUGUUGAAUUCAUUCCAAGACAUUAAGGUUACAAACAAAUUAUUGGAUCCACAAAAUAUUCAAAAUGAUGCCCAACAAUUACAUGAAAUAAGAAAAAGUUAUCUAACAGCAUCAUUAGAUUUAAUUGAAACAAUGUCUGAAGUGAAAUUGAAUCUAGAGAAACACUUUCUGGACUCUAUUUCUGUUUUGAUUUCCCGGGCACAUAGUACAUUAUCCACAAAAAAUCCAGAUAUUGGGUUAUUUUCAUCUGCUAAAUCAAAAUACUUUAACGAUUAUAAAGAAUGGGUCCAAAAUGCAGUUGAAGGGUAUGAAGCUUUAAGAAAUGAUAUUCAGCAUGCAAAAAAGCAAAUAUUUGAGUAUGCUAGUAAUUUUUAUGCGCCUUCUCAAGAUAUCAACGAUUACAAUAUAACAAAUAUUCAUAAUGCAGUAGAAGUUUGUAAAAGUUUACCAGUCCCCUUUGUAUGUCCUGAAAAGUCUGGAUGGUUACAUAUGAAGACUACAGUAGGUAAAGAUAACAGAGAAGUAUGGGUCAGAAGAUGGUGUUUUUUGCAAAAUGGUGUGUUUGGUAUGUUCUUAUUGUCACCUUCAAAGAUAUACGUUGAAGAAACUGAUAAAUUUGGUGUCUUUUUAACACAAGUAAGACAUGCAAUGGAGGAAAAUAGAAAAUAUUGCUUUGAAGUUAAAAUAAUCAAUGGUAGUGGAUAUAAUACAGAUAUUUCUUAUCGAAACCAUGGAAAUGAUUCUAAAAAUAACAACAUUAAGAUUAUUUUUCAAACAGAAACCUUAAAAGAUUUAGAAUUUUGGUUAAAUACAUUUGAGUUAUCAAAAAAGUACAUUGGAACAUUAAAUAAUAGUACAUUAGCACAUGAAAUUGCAUACAAAAGAUUUUCCCCAAGGUUUUUUGAAUUUGCUUCUAGUACUACCACAUCAAUAGAUCAGGCUAUUACAACAUUUGAUAGUGAAACAAUAUCUUUACUCGAUGAGUUAAAUUGUACUUUUUCAGAGUAUGAGGUUUUGAAUUUACCAGACGGGAAACUGUUUGAGUUUCAUAUGGAUGCAACUCCUCUGACUACAAAAUUAUCACAGUUGGCUAUAUUGGCAAACUAUUUUACUCGUGGUAGUUGGUUCCCUAAUGGUAUCUUGGUUAAUAUAUGGGGGACCACAAAUUGGAGUGAAUAUUCUCUAUGUGAGAGCAAACAAAUGAGGUCAUCUACUGUGGUAGAUAAAGCUCAUAACAGACUAUCGAUGGUAAAUUCAGAAAUUUUCCCUACUUUUUAUGAUAGACAAUUACAAAUUGAUGAUGUACAAAUGAAAAAUGUGUUUUAUAUCAUUGACCAAAGGUUAUUGAAAAUGAAGACUGAGUUUUUGUUAUUCAAAUUUAAUUCUUUUUGGUAUCCUAAUGCAAAACAAAGAUUUCCAUCGGUAUGCUAUGUUACAAAGGAUUAUUUGUUUUGUUAUAUGAAUUCCAUGGGGUUUAUAUGUUUAACUAAGCUGAAUACUGAUGAUAUUAUAUCUGUUGAGAUUGACAAAGACCAUUCGAAUCGUAUAAUUCUUUAUGAUGUAGAAAAUGUUCAAUAUAAAAUGGAUGUUUUAUUUACUGAAAGAAAGGCUGUAGUGUUAAAAUUGCAGGCUUUAAUUGAGAAUAAAGUUUCUCAUAAAGUGACUAGUUUGGAGAGUAUAUUUAAGAAAUUUGUUGCUAUUGAUCAACAAGUUAAAGAAUCUGAAGUCACAGAUAACUUGAAUGUGGGUACUUUAGAAACCAAACAAGAAUCAGAUGCUAAAAAAAUUGUAACAAGAAAUCAAGAAGGUAUAUUAGGUUCAGUUAAUAAUAAAGAUUUUAAAGGAACUGAAUUUUUGGAAACCAUAACAUUUUGGAAAAUGGGGAAUGUGGCGGAUUUAUUGGCUAGAUUAAGAAAUUUUAGGAAACAUUCAACCAUAGUCUAUAAACAUGAUUAUAAUAUUCCGAGUAAAGGAUUGAUACACAUUCUUUUUGGUGAUAGCUCAACUGCAUUUCCUCGUUGUUUCUUUUUGGCAAGUUCUAAUACUACUACAAUUGAUAUAUCAUUUUGGAAACAAGAACAAAAUAAGAAGAAGGGUGAUGGUGAUACUAUUUUGACUCGUUAUUUAAAGUUCCCUAUAGAUGUAACCCACUAUUUGUUAAAUAGAAAAGGAAAAAUUAGUCAAGGCAAUGUUAAACAAAAGUCGUUAUGUUUGAAACAAAGUAUUGUGAAGGCUGUUGAAAAUAUAUAUUAUGAAGUAGAGCAAGGACCAACUUAUAUUAAAUUACCAAUGUGCAAUUAUCUUAGAGUUAAAGUAAUAUACUGUAUAACACAAACUUUUGCUCCCAAAGACCAUGUUGAAACAAGACUAAGAAUGUCUACAAGUGGUUCAGUAAUUCAAAUGUUUUAUAAGUUUGACUUUAUUAAUAAACAAACUGGUGAAAUAAUUACAGAGGAAAAAUGGACAUAUUUAGAUAAAAUUUUGUUAGAAUGGGCUGUAUUUUUCAGUAAUGUUGAAUUUCUAUUAGUUAGGAAAGUAAUUAGGUAUUACUUAGAAAAAAUUGGAAAUCACGGUAAGGUCAUAAAAGCCAUGAAAUUGUGUGGGUUAAUUGGUGUUGAUAUUCAGGAUGACGAUAAGAAAAAGGAGAAAGUGAUUUUAGAGGAAGAGGAAGAACAAGAAAGAAAGGAGCAACAGCAGAUUGACAACAAUAAGAAUGAGCAAAAAAAGGAUUUUAUUCCAGAUGGAUAUUUGGUCAGAUAUUCAUUUAUGAUUUUAUUGAAAGUGUUUUUAAAGCAUAUUAUGUAUCGAAUUGUGAAUAUGUUGUUGUCCGUUAUUAGAUGUGGUAUCAGUUUGCUUAUUAUAUUGAAGAAAAUUAUUCAGAAUUUAAACAAAAUCCUAUUACUUGGAUUAUUUUUAUCGAUACUAUUUAAUAUAUUCUUAAGCGGUAGGAGUACCAUGUCCUUUUGGGCUGUUAAAAGAGCAAAGAGUACAUUUGUUUCGUAUAUGGAACAAUCUCAAAAAGCACAUGAAGAGAACAUAGCAAAUAGAAAGAAUAUUAUUUAUUUAGAUGAUUUAGAAGCUUUGACACAAGAUCUAGCCUUGGAGACCGAUAAUUUAGUUUAUCAGGAGUUUAAAAAGCAACAUGGUGAUUCCUCCAUUAUCAAUAAGUUUCAAGCUACUAGGGAUGAUGUGGCAAUCAGAAGGAAUGAAUUAUUGGUAGAACUUAAGAUUUUGCAAAAUAUGGAAAGAGAGAUCAUACAAGGUGAUUAUAGGGAAUUUUUACUUGGAGAAACAUCUCAAUGUGAUAAGAUUCAAAAGGAAAUGAAAGACUUAUAUGAAAAUGAUGCAAAUUUACAAAAAUACUGUGAUAGUUGUUAUUCAGAAUUGGAAAGGUUGACUGAAUUAUUGUUGUAA